AUGGUGUCAACAGCCGACAUUAAGAAGAAGGUGCUAAGCCUCCAUGUUAUUGCAGGCUACUAUACCCUCAACAAAUUCAGGAGCUUGCCAAAUUCGCAAACAACCCAACUGAACACAAUGCUCCAAGCUUCUUUCCAAUCAGUAGGCUUUCAAGGCUUGUUGAACGUCACAAAUGGGGACACCGUCUCGCUUGUUUCCGCUUCCGGUUCUGAAAAAGCACAGCUAGUUAAAGAUAUAUACACUGAUGAUUUCAAAAUAUCAGUCGUUGAAAUUAGCAGUCUAAUUUUUCCUUCAGACUCACCAACUUCACCGCCUUCAUCUCCUUCUGCAUCCCCUCCUUGUGCAUCCACUUCAUCGCCUCCUUCAUCCACACCUUCUUCAUCAUCUCCCUUUGACAUCACCAGAACUAUAACCGGAAGCCCUGAUUUCAACCUCUUUAACACCUACCUUACUCAAACCCAAGUAGCUAACCAGAUCAAUGAACGUAAAACCAUGACAAUCUUCGUGGUCAACAACGGUGCCAUGACCUAUUUAGUAGACAAACCAAUGGAGAUUAAGAAAAAGGUUUUGAGUCUCCAUGUUAUCAUGGACUACUAUACCGUCCAAAAGUUCCACAACUUGCCGGUUUCUCAGCCCACUCGAAUAAACACACUGCUCCAAGUUACUGACCAGCCAAGUGCCCAACAAGGCUUUGUGAACGUCACAAAUGGGGACACCAUCUCGAUUGUUUCAGCUGCUGGUUCAGACCAAGCAGUCGUAGUUCGAGAUAUUGCUGCUGAUGAAAGUUCUUACAUAUCAGUAGUGCAAAUUAGUAAUCUAAUAUUGCCUUCAAGCUUAACUGCACCAACCCCAUCACCUUCUUCAAACCCAGGUAAGUUGCGAUCUGCAGCGCCAGUCAAGGCUCCAAAUAGCAGCAUUGCAGCCGCACCAAAGGUAGGAGACACUACAUCUAGCAGCAUUGCAGCCGCACCAGUAUCCAAUGCACCAAUGACUUCAAUUGCCAGCGGACCAAUUGGAGCUGCCCCAGCUCUGCAUGCAUCUGCAGUCUCUUCUAUUGAUUGUGCUUCUAUUGUAACUAUGAUUUUGGUAUCGGCUUUUUCUCUGGCUUCUGUGAUCCUGAUUUUGAGUCAUAAGAAAAGUCAGUGGGAGGAGGAAGAAGUGGAGAAAGAGGGGAAGGGAAAAACAAAAGGGGAGAGAGGUGACAACAGGCUUGAUGUCCCUACUACUGGUGGUGCCCUUCCUGCAUGGAAUUUACACAAGUUCAUAUCUUUGAGGAAGAAUGGACGAUACAAGAGUUGA